CCAUGACACUGCAAUCUCCCCCAGUACAGACGCGCUGCUCUAACCCGAAACAGCUUUUCAGAGAUAGACUGAUAUUCUGAUUCUCAAAAUGCUGUUUAAGUUCAGAUUGUUAUAUGAAAGAAUGAUAUAUUGAUGUGUGGAUUGUUCUGCUAAAAAACGGGAACUUGAAUUAAUUUGUCAAUUGAUGACUGUUUUGUUUCUGAUUACUUGGAAAUAAAGAGGCGUUCACGAAUCCGGAUCGCGCGAACGAGUUACAAAAACGGAAGUGUUUGUAAACAUACAACCAUACGAAGUCGGUGCCACGGUAGUCUUUUCUCUCCUGAAGCUUCAGUAAUAGAGAUAUGUUGCUGAGAUUGGGUGUUAGUCGUUUGGCAGCACGUCGCUUUUCGACCGGUGCAGCAACAACUACUGCACAUGUUCCAAAAGUAUGCAUAGUUGGCAGUGGCCCAGCAGGGUUCUAUGCAGCACAACAAAUUAUAAAGAGUCAUGAGACAGCAGAAGUAGACAUAUAUGAAAAAUUGCCGGUUCCUUUUGGGUUAGUCCGAUAUGGUGUUGCUCCAGAUCAUCCUGAAGUGAAGAAUUGCAUUAACACCUUUACCCAGACUGCAAGUAAAAACAGGGUAACAUUUUUGGGCAAUGUGGAUAUUGGCUCAGAUGUUACCUUUUCACAGCUUCGACAAGCUUAUCAUGCAGUUAUUUUGGCCUAUGGUAAUGCAAAAGAUAGAACACUGAACAUUCCCGGUGAAGAAUUAUCAGGGGUACUGUCAGCAAGGCAGUUUGUUGGAUGGUACAAUGGGCUUCCUGAAGAUGCUGACCUGAAAGUAAACCUUGAUGUAGAGUCUGUAGCUGUUGUUGGACAAGGAAAUGUUGCCUUGGAUGUUGCAAGAAUUCUUCUCACACCAAUGGAUAUGUUAAGGAAAACUGACAUUCCUGAAAAUGUCUUGGCAUGCCUUGAUAAAAGCCAAGUGAAAUAUGUAACCUUGAUAGGUCGAAGAGGAUCACAGAAUGUUGCCUUUACCAUCAAGGAACUGCGAGAAAUGGUCAACCUGCCAGGUUGUCGACCUAACUUAAUAACAGGCGACUAUCAGCAUUUGAAAGAUUUGAUCCCAAGUUUGCCUCGCCCUCGGAAAAGAUUGUUAGAACUGUUAGCCAAAACAGCAUUAGACGCUCCUGCCCCUGCCCUUGCUUCAGCAUGGGCAUCAGCACAAAAGGAGUGGAGACUAAGGUUUCUGUUAAGCCCAGUAGAAGUUCUUGCAGAAGCUGAUGGUCAGACUGUGUCUGGCUUGAAAUUAGCACAUAACAGACUGGAAGGUGACGGGGAAAACCAACGUGCUGUACAGACAGAAGAAACCGAGACUCUUGAAUGUGGGCUUGUCCUGAGGAGCAUAGGCUACAAGGGCAUCCCCAUUGACUCUAGUUUGCCCUUUGAUCACCGCACAGGCACGAUCGCCAAUGACAAUGGCAGAGUCAAAGGACAGAAUGGAGUUUAUGUCAGUGGAUGGAUUGGCACUGGUCCGGUUGGUGUCAUUCUGUCCACAAUGACGAGUGGAUUCACUAGUGGAAAGAUGUUGGUGGCUGAUAUAAACUCAGGUCAAGUUGAUGUUUCCAGUGCGAAAGGUGGUAAAGAAGAAGUACUGGAUAUUUUAUCAGAGAAAGGUAAAAAACCAGUCAACUUCUCCGAUUGGAACAGACUAGACAAGUUUGAGACUGAAGUUGGGGCCAAACUGGGGAAGCCACGAGAGAAAGUUACCAACGUACAGAAGAUGUUAAAUAUCAGCCAUGAUUGAUUGAUGCAGUUUUUAAUUUCUUCUGCAAUAUAAUAUCAGUUGUAAUUUAUUGUAUAUAGGUAUCUAGCUGUUCUGUUUUGUAUGUUCAUAUGUUGAGUAUGUUGAGUCUUAAUUAUUUAAGUGUUUAGAUCAUUUACAGACUGAUAAUUUGAGUAGAGUUUUGGGCUUAGGAUCAGCCAUUUGAGUAAAAAGAGAAAAAUCAUAUGAGAAUACUGUAUUUUGAGGUGAUAUACAUAGAAUAUACAUCUUGUUUGAAUAUUUAAAAAACAAUUGUAUAGAUGUACAAGUAAUAUUUGUAUAGUAAAUGUAAUUGUUUGCUCUCUUGUUCAUGUUUUGCACAAAAGUUAAAAAUGGUUAUAAUGUAAAUAUUUUUUGUGUAUAUUUUACUAUACUCAGGUCAGGAAAUAAAUAUAAAUAUAUAUAGAAG